AUGGCGAAACGGGACGACCGCAAUGAAAGUAGACCUUCGUUUCAUAGACUUGAACGUCCAUCCAAGUGCCCUUCUUGCUCAAGAUUAAUACGAGUGAAAACAGGUGCCCGCUUAGCAUCAUAUCUGGGAUUAUGCAUCGUUGCGUUUCAUUGCUGGAACACGAGAAGUUUCUAUUCGAAACUAACUGAAAACCAUGCCCGUGGUCGAAUCUCUGACGAAGUUGAAGAUGAAAGUGGCAGAAUCAGUCUUACCUGUAUAGAAGCGGUGGAAGGACUUGUUAAAGGGAAGAUUCUCUUGAUUGCGAUUGACUUUGACCUCACAAUCAUUAGCAUACAUACUGGUGGUAGAUGGAAGUGGUCGGCAGACGAUCUGGUUCCGUAUGUCCGACCAGAGUUUCGGUGCAUUAUAUGCGAAUGCCUACAAAAAGACAUCCAUGUCGCUGUUGCAACGUUCUCCGAUCAAGUCGACUUAAUCAGUGAUGUACUCGCUGCUACAGUUGCUCAUGAUGAUGCAGCUCAGAUACCUAUCUAUGGAGGAACCGCGAAUGUUAGAGGGUCUUUUGAAGGGAAAAGAAGUCAGCUCCUCCUGGCAGUAGAGCAUGUCGAAGCGAAGACGGGUUUAAGUCUCCCGAAGGAGGCGACAGUCCUCGUUGACGACGACAGAGCAAACAUCGCGAGAGCCAAGAAGGAUGGUUACAAAACUAUUUUUUACGAUCCUACUAUCCCCCAUAAUAAAUUUCCGUCUUUUUGAAAUAUA